AUGUUGCUGGGUUUUGCCGAGGACUAUCGUAAAAUUGUUGUCAAUGUGGAACAUGAACUAAUUAUCACACAAUCAAGAACAGACACCAACGCUGUCAUCGUAGAAUCUACAGCAGAAAGACAAAAAAUCAAACUGCUGAAUUACAUAGGCAAAGACCGACCAAUCACCAUGCGUUUCCGUUCUUGGAAGUUGUACGUAUGUCCUAAAUUACCGGUCACAUUGAGAUGCAUUUGGACCGUCAAAACUUCCAUUCAGCUUGAAAAACCACACUUUGUCGUGUUGGCUUUCCAAAUGAAACGGAAGUAUAAGAAAUCUAUCAACGCUAACGAAUUUGAUCACUGCAGUAUUAGCAACGUCAAACUAUUUCUCAUUUCGCAGUACUAUCCAUACGGAAAUGUUAAUCUCAACAUCAAUCAAAAUGAAUGCGCCAUACUCGACGAUAUGUUUGCAAAUUUUCGAAAUUCUUACUACAGUAAAGAUGUAGAGACUGUACUUAACAAGAACAAUUUCAUAAAGAAAGUGCCGCUCGUAGUCUGUGUUUGUCGCGGCUAUCCGUAUAGGCUGCGGAACAGCGGUUGA